AUGAGACUGUCCAGUCGAAACACUCCCACAACAGCCAGAUUUUGUCUUCCAGCAAGUGUUGAAUUUCGUCUGGUGGUUGUUCAGCCUCCAAUUGAUUCGACUUAUUUUCUGGACAAAUUUUGUCGUUGGAUCAAACCUUUUGGGUUUGGUUGAUGGGAGUAUUGAUUUUUUAGAUUCCCCGCGUCUUUGCUGCAAGAAUUUAUUAAUCCGAGAAGUAUUUGGUUCCUCUUUAUUUUUUGUUUCCAAGCAAUUUUGUUGCUGGAAUUUAUUUAUGUUGGGCGUGUAGAAGCCCGGUUGUUUUGUAAACGUUUCCUUUUUGAUUUUAUUCUUUUUUAUAUUUUUUGCGCGUGUUUUUUGCACGAAGGAUCGAAGACGAUCAUCGGAAUUGGUUUUCCAUUUUUCCGAUUUUGUCGGAUUUUCAUACUUCUCAUUACUCCCAUUUAUCGAAUAUCUUAAUUUUUCUUUUUCUUCUAGGAUUUUCCUUUUUGAUGGAUCUUCUUUGUUCCUGGAAAUAGCCCAAUUAUUUAGAUUGAGAUCCAUUUGAUCUUGUUCAGACUUCGAACAUAUUUCGAUCAGUCCGAUUUUCUUUUUGACAAAUUUGAAAGAGCCAUUUUUAUUUUCUUUUUCUUCCGAUUUUUCCGGAAUCAUUUUUUCUUUUAAGGA